UCUUGUCAUCUUUUGCUUAAAAAAAUUGAAGAAUUGUAAUGGCCUACAGUAAAGGAAUAUUUUGUAUAAUUUUUCUAUUUUGCAGCUUUGUUGCUGUAACAAAUAGUCAAAAGAUCGUGAUAGACCUUCAUGAAGAAAACUGGAGUGAAAUUUUGAAGGGAGAAUGGCUGGUAGAAUUUUAUGCUCCUUGGUGUCCAGCAUGCAAGGCUCUUGUCCAGAAAUGGAAGGAGUUAGCUCAAUUAGGACCAGGAUUAGGUAUUAAAAUUGGAGCUGUAGAUGUUACUACUUCACCAGGACUAAGUGGUAGAUUCAUGGUCACAGCUUUGCCCACAAUAUUUCAUGUCAUAAAUGGUGAAUUCAGACAAUAUAAAGGUCCCCGAGACAUAAGUUCAUUCACAUCAUUUGUAGAGGACAAGAAAUGGGAGCAAGUAGAACCAGUUCCUAGUUGGAAAUCUCCAAAUUCAAUUCAGAUGAGUGUUGUAUCUUCUUUCUUCAAAUUAUCUCAAUUACUCAGACAAAUUCAUAACAAGCUUACAGACGACUAUGGUUUACCAACGGUUGCUUCAUAUUUGAUUUUUGCCAUUGCGACCAUUAUCUUAGGUGCCCUUCUAGGAUUGAUUUUAGUGUGUGCAAUAGAUCUUAUAUUCCCACCAAAACAUAUAAUAUUAACACAGAACAAAAAGGAUGAAAAGGAUAGUGAUAAUGAACUGAAUGAUGAAGAUAUCAGAGAUGAUCUCGUAGACGAUGCUAGUCAAUCCGGAGAUGGCGCUAAUUCAGACUCUGAUUCUGAACCUAAAAAUUCUCCUAUUAAAAGGAAACCAAGGAAACGCAGGACAGUUUUAACCUCCUAGAAAUGAAUACAUAACAGACUCAUAGGAUAUCAAGAAACGUGUGUAAAAUUUUUACUACUCAGCAAUUAUCACUAAUAUCAGCCACGCGUGGAUUAGUAGUAUGAUGAAGUUUCCUCUUUUUUCUUAGAUUGUUCUAGAGGACAAUACUAAACUUUCGGAAAAUUGAAAAAUAUUUAUUUGUAUUAUUAUAAUAAAUUAAAUCAUAACCUUAUACUAAGAGGCUUUGUUUAUCUCAAUUAUUUUAAUACUAGCCCUGUGAAGCUAUUCCUAAAAAUUUAACAUGCAUCUUGAAGACUUGUAUUCAAAUUCACAUUUUUCAAUUUUUUUUACUUAAUGAGUUAAUGAAACUGUCAGUAUUUUUUGUAAAUGCACGGUUUGAAAUGUAGACGAUAUAUUAUUGUUAUGUUUUCACUGAAGAAUGUUAAAUUCUUGUUGUGACAUUUUAUAAUAUACAGGACGGGAUGCCUAAGAAAUGAACAUAAAAAAUGUACAUUUUGCAAAUCAUAGAAUACACUUGUUUUGGUAGGUAGAUCGUUAGUAGUGCAAGUCUUAUGUACAGCAUUUAAACAUAAAAUAUUCCAAAGGAAAUAAAACAAUAAUUCUAAUGAGAAAUAAAGACAUUUUCUGACAUUAAAAUGAAGAUUGUAAUCUAUUCAAAAAAUGGAUGGUUCCUUCAACUACAUCACUUACUAAUGGCUUAAAAACAACAUCCAUUUCAGUAUCUUAGAUGCUUGAACUAUCAUAAAAUGAUCUUGCAUAACUGGUGUUAUCUAUAUCAAAAACCUUCGAUAGUCUUCAGUUUGAGUUCUUCUAAAUUUUGGACCCUUUCAUGAAUUUUCGCAACAGAAAAAAAAUUUGGACGUAAGUCCACAGAACAAGGUGAUCCCUUAAUAGAUAUUAUCAAAAUUGUGCGCAUGACAACUAUCAUGGUUCAUCUGUGUCCAACAGUGGCAUAUACUAAACAUUUCUCAAAUACAUCCUGGUGCUCCUAUCGUCUAAGCAAUAUUUAAAGUAAAGAUUCUUCUUUUGGUGCACUCCAUUAUUAGAUAAGAGGUCUGUCUUUUCUUAAUCGUUGUUAUAAGUUCUAAUUAUCUGUGUAUCCUGUUUAAUACUGUUUGUUUCGUUGUUGUGUAUCCAUGAUAUUUUAAUUAUUUUGCGAUGAAGCCACAUUUCAAAGCCGUCUUUUUCUAGCUGUCUUAGUAUUUAAUUUUAUUGCCCAGACUUUAACUCAAUACAGAAGGACUGACUAACCGUAGCAUUUAAUAACUUUAAUUCGGAUGUCUAAGCUUUGUUGUCAGUUAUAGACAGUUUGCUUCCAUUUAUUGUUCAUGUUCCCAGAACAUUCUAUUAGUAUUUUUAUUUCUGUGAGAUGUACUCCUAAGUAUUUAAAUUUGUGAACAUGUUAUAACUGUGUGUUAUUUAGGUCAAUGUGAAAGUUUUAUCCGUUUUCAUAAUUACCAUUUAA